UAUUUAUCGGUUAUUUUUUCGGAUGACUUGCUACGGCUAUGCCCAAAAUGACGGCAUAUGUCAGUCACUAAUAGCUUUUCAGAGUCUACACUUAUGGCCACGUUGACGCAACUCCUCCUUUGGAUUGGCCUGUGGUACAUAUCGAAGGUCCACGGAGUUGCCAAGUUCACAAACAUUGAGUGUUUGAGUGCGGAUAUGAACUUUACCACAAUUUCUUUGUGCCGAUUGUACGCCGUGAAAAGGGAUGUGGUGGAAAUGAGUUUGAGGGCCAAUAUAAUGUACUGGCCAAAAGGCCGAAUAGCGAUGCGCAUGCAGCUGCUGAAGAAGGCCAGUGGCUACAAGCCUUUUCUAUACAACAUUUACCAGUCGGAUGUGUGCGAGUAUCUGGAAAAACGAAAUCAUCCUUUUGUCAACAUCAUUCUCAACAGUUUCGGAAAUAGAACCAAUGUGAACAAGUGUCCAAUUCCAUCCGAAAUUAUCGUAGAGCACUUCCGAUUUCCGGUUAAGGUAUUGGAUAGGAUUCCCCUACCAUCUGGGGACUAUGGAUUAUUUACCACAUUUAGUUCCCUUAAAAAGGAAUUAGUCCAGGUUAAGGUUUAUUUUACACUUACAGAAUAUCGCUGA